AAAAAUGCAGGCCACCAAAAUGCGAACGCCGUUCGCCAUCCAGGAAAUCCUCGGCCUGGGCGCCUAUCAGCAGCAAAGCGCCGCCAGCGGCAAUGCCACGCCCUCGGAGGCGCCACCAUCACCGGCGGCCACCCCACCGCCGCCGGCCAGUACGCCCCUACAGCUAAAGCCCACGAUCGCAGCCGCCGCAGCCGUUGCCGCCGCCGCCGGACAGCAACAGCAGCGGGAGCAGAGGGAGCAGCGGGAGCAGCGGGAACGGGAACGUGAGCAAUUGGAAGGACUCCGCGACUCGCGAUCCUUGUCGCCCGAUGUGACCAGACUCUCGGCCGCAGCAGCUGCCGCGGCUGCAGCAGCCGCCCACUGCCAGCUGCCCGUCUUCAAUCCGGCCAACUUUUAUGCCGCCGCCGGCUAUGCGGCCGCCGCGGAUCCGGGCAACGCCGCUGCCGCCCAUCACCAUCACAUGACCACGCUGGCGGCGGCCGCCUAUCUGAGGGGCUUCCUGCCGCCCGGCUUCAGCACGCCGCACGAGUUCCGUGGACACUUUCAGCAGCACUUUGGCGCCCAGUUUGCAGAACAAGCUGCCGCUCGUGGUCAGGAGUACGCCAGCAGUUUGGCCAAUGCCAGUGGCGAUGAGCAGUCGCCCAGCAAGAAUAGCAACUCAUCGGGAAAUGGCAAUGGUUCCGGAUCGACAAAUGGAGGAUCAGGAGCCAACCAGGUGGCCAGCAAUGGCUUAAGUCACCUGGGCUCACCCACAACGAGUAAUGGCGCCUCUGGAGCCGCUGGUUCCGCUUCGGGUUCGGGGCCAGCUACCAGUGCCUCUGGCUCGGGAGGCAGUAGCUCCUCCGCCUCCGGUGGUGGCGCCGGCAGUGGCAAUUCGGCCAAUCGCUCUUCGCCCGCCGCCGGUCCCCAUCAUUCGGCCGCUCUGGCCGCCCAUCAGCAUGCAGCGGCUGCCGCGGCCGCCGCCCAUCAUCAUGCCGCUGCCGCGGCCGCCGCCCACCAUGCCCAUCAUGCCCAUGCCCAGGCCCAUGCCCAUGCCCACGCCCAUGUGCAUGCCCAUGCCGCCCACGCCGCCCAUGCCCAUGUGCAUCAUGCUGAGGCAGCGGCAUUCCUUGGCGCCGCCGGCGGUGCUGGUGGCAAUCCCAGUGGCCUGCUGGGUGCCCAUGCAGGCGAUGUCCUUGUGGGUCCUGGAGGCACGGGUCCCGGUGGCAAGAAGAAAAAUAAGCGACGACAUGGCAGGACGAUCUUCACCAGCAGCCAGCUGGAGGAGCUGGAGAAGGCCUUCAAAGAGGCCCACUAUCCGGAUGUGAGCGCCCGAGAGCUGUUGUCAAUGAAAACUGGACUGGCCGAGGAUCGAAUUCAGGUGUGGUAUCAGAACCGAAGGGCCAAGUGGCGCAAAACGGAAAAGUGCUGGGGUCACAGCACCAAAAUGGCCGAAUAUGGCCUCUAUGGGGCGAUGGUGAGGCAUUCGCUGCCGCUGCCGGAGACCAUCAUCAAGUCGGCCAAGGAGGACGAGUCCGUGGCACCCUGGCUCCUGGGGAUGCACAAAAAGUCCCUGGAAGCCGCUGAGCUGCUCAAGAGCGACGAGAGCGACAGGGAGACACCGACCUCGGAUGAUACCAACACUAGCUACUCGGCGGGCAGCACCCACAACUCGCCCAUCUCCAGCUUCUCGAUCUCGCGUCUCCUCUUCGAUGCCCCGCCGCCGGCCUCGGGGAAGGGGCCCCACCACCAUCACCAUCAUCAUCAUCAUCACAAGCACAGCCACGCCCACGCCCACGCCCACGCCCAUGCCCAGGCCCAGGCGCAGGCUCAUGCCCACAUAGCCGCCGCCGCAGCAGCCGCCCAUCAUCACCAGCAGCAGCAGCAGCAGCAGCAGCAGCACUUGCACCAGGCUGGUGGUGGAGCUGAUGCCUCCGCCUUGCAGCAUCUUGGCCAGCAGGGACAACAGGCACCGGGACAGGGACAGCAGCAGCAGCAGCAGCAGCAGCAAGGAUCGGGUUCAGCUGGACCGCAGCCACAUCAUCCGUACAACCAGCAGCAGCAUCUGCAUCAUCUGCAGCAACUGCAGCAGGCCCAGCAGCAGCAGCAGCAGCAACAGCAGCAGCAGCAGCAACACCACCACCAUCACCAUCACCACCAUGCGGCUGCACUGCAGCAUAUGCACCAUCAUGGUGCUGCCGCCGGUUAUGCCGAGGCAGCAGUUGCCGCUGCCGCAGCAGCUGCUGCAGUGGCGGCCGCAGCAAAUGCACGCAACGCGGCAGCCGCAGCAGCAGCAGCGGCCGCUGUAUCGGUGACCAUUGCCGAAUCGGAGCCAGAUGAGGAGCAGGAUGACCUGGAGGAUAUGGAGCUGGACAAGGAUGGUGAUGGGGACCUAGACGACGUCGAUGGGCACAACGAGGUGGAUCCGGAUCCGGAUGCGGAUGGCGAGGGGGACAUCGACAUAUGCGAUGAUCACGACGACGAGGUGCGGCUCCAGGAGCAGCUGCUGCUCAAGGUGAAGCAGGAGCAGGCCAGCAACAGUGGGCCCAGAUGAAACAUGUACAUCGAUGUGUUGUUCUAAGGACAACGAAGCAAAAAAAAAUAAAAAUAAAAAUUAUACAAGGCGAUGGGAGAAUUGAGGGAGAAACAGUUGUUGAAUCGGAGAGAGAGAGUCCUGUUUUGGAUUAAAUCCUGUCUAAAUCCUGACU